AUGUCUAAAUUUCUAAAUUUUGCGGAUGGAAUUGCAGGCGACAAUUUCAGCACCAUUAGGAAUCUCGGCUACACGAUCAUACAGCACCUCCUGUACUGUGAAGUACAUGUUAAUCAUUAUCUGGGAAAAAAGGAUGCACUUGAGUGGGUAUUUAUUAAUACCGAUAAAAAUACACUGAAUCGAUCGAAAUUUAUGAUUUCGAUGAUUUUACUUUUAGAAAUACUUCGGGCAAGAAUAAAAAUCAAGGCUCUUGAUAUGUUGUAUUCGGCCAAUCAUCCAAAGCAAAAUGUGUCAUUCACAUAUCGAAAGUUAGAAAAUGAUACUAAUUACUACAGAUCAGGAAAGUACGAUACCCGUAAUCCGAAUGUUAUCUUGGAAGUACGAACGUGUGACAACAUGUUGCAUCUCACUGGUACCAUCGUGAAUAUUGUACCAUUUGAGAAGCAAACCUAA